AUGUCCUCCAUAACCAUCGCAACCCUCCCCCGCAUCAGCCGCGAUGCCCUCUCAGCCCUCCUCCUCUCCACCUCCACGCCUAGCAAACUUGCUAUCAUCGAUGUCCGUGACUCUGACCACGUCGGCGGCCACAUCACCACCUCCACCUGGGUCCCCAGCUCCUCAUUAGACUACCGACUCCCCGAACUCAUCCGCACCCUAGCGGACAAAGAGAAAGUUGUUUUCCACUGCGCGUUGAGCCAGCAGCGCGGGCCGUCUGCCGCGCUGCGGUAUGCCAGGGAGCGCGAGCGUGUCCUCGGCGAGGAGGAGAGUAAGAAGCAGGAGGUGUAUGUGCUUGAGGGUGGCUUCGUGCAGUGGCAGGAGAAGUAUGGCCCUGAUGAGAGGUUGACGGAGGCUUAUGUAGAGGAUAUUUGGAGGGAGUAUUAG